AUGGUCUAUGGCGGGAAGCCCUCGAGAGGGUGCCGCACAUGUCGACAGCGUCGUAUAAAGUGUGACGAGGAAAAGCCUACCUGCAAACGCUGUGAGAAGUCCCGAAGAGAGUGUGGUGGUUACCGGCCCGAGUUCGAGAUUGUCCACCGAGACCAGACCAAAUCCACCGUUCAUCGUUUGCGCAACGCACAAAGCACAUUACCGCCUCCACCGCUCGCCGACGCUGCUGAAUACAGCGCUCGCGCUCUUGUCUUUGUGCAGGAAGAACCUCAGUCAUGGGGCUCGGAUAGCGCGAGCCCAUCCCCGGUGUUAACAGUACCUCUUGCACAGCGAGCAUCGUGCUACUUUGCCUCCAACUUUAUCCUCGUGCCCCUGACUGAGAGUACCCCGCACGGGUUCAUGGAGUAUCUUAUUCCACUCAUUGAAUCAGAACCAGCCGAGAGUUCCCUGCGCUACGCCUUCAACGCCUGCGCAUUCGCACUUCUCAGCCACCACAACCGAUCCGACAGUAUUGACCUUGCUCAGCUAUCUCUCAAAGAGCAUACACUUGCGCUCGGGGGGACUUAUAAAGCCCUCGGCCACCCCACCAAAGCCACCGCCCACGCCACGUUAGCUACGGUGCUCCUGUUGUCUUUAUAUGAGAGUAUCACUGCCAACAGAGAAAGUCGCAUGCUAGCGUGGCGCUCGCAUAUCGAUGGCGCCGUCAACAUCAUUAAGUCGCGAGGCCGCGAUGACAUCUGCCGAACAAAAACAGGGGCCCUGCUGUUCUCAGCAGUUCGGCACCAGCUGGUCUCACGGACACUGUCGUCGGGCAUGCCGAUUCCCUUUGGUACAAACUGGUGGAUGUCAAGUGGUGUUGAAAACAACACGCUGCUUGCCACAUCUCAGCAUCUUGCACUCAAAUAUACAGACCUCCGAACAGAAUCGAACCACUUGCUAGUAGGGCAAGCCAGGUCCCCUCAGCCCCUGGAGCAAAUUUACCGGCUCAUCCAGAAAGUAGAGGCCCUAGAUCGGGACAUCAUUAGCUGGCAAGCCUCAGUUCCAAGACAGUUCUGCUUUCAUACCUUGUGCUGGGUCUAUGAGGACGAUAUCAGCCUGUCCAAGGGUGGAGACUACGCCAAAGUGGAUGUGUUUCCAGGCCGCGUUGACAUAUACCCCGACUUUGUCACGGCUAGUGCCUGGAACAUUUCAAGGGUCUCUCGGUUGCUGUUGGCAGCGCUCAGUAUCCGCUUGACGGCGUACUGUUGUUCUCCCAUUGACUAUCGCACGACCCCGGGAUACCGUACCUCUAAAAGUAUAUGCGAGGAGACUAUUUCAGAGAUUCUAGCCUCGGUGCCUUAUCAUUUCGGCUGGCACACGAAGCAUAAAGACGGUUUCAACACAAGCUCAGGUAUUUCCGGCUUCGCUUGUGGUGACGAAGGUCCCCUUAAAGCGCUCCCUGCCUUUCUCGUCCUGUGGCCAUUAACCUGUGUCAAAAACCACGACAUCACAACCGAGGAACAGCGGUUGUGGGCCAAGGGGAGAUUAAAGGUGAUCACAGAAAAUAUUGGGCUAAAAUAUGCUCAAAUUGUCAACGACGUCGAGCUUCGCUUCCCCUCUAUGCUUAUUGGCCGUGAUGGGCUGCCAGUCAGCCCGAAUCCAUUUGCUGGGCCAGGACUUCCCCUCAGACCGGUGGAAGCACCCCCGACCCCGGAGAGCAUGACAUCCACGGAAAGCCCCACUCCGAGUUGAAAGAUCAAUUAUCAAUAAAGUUCUUUCUACAAGCAAACUUACUACCGGCGGAGAGAGAAACGUCUAGUAGGGGAGAGACAUGCUCCUCUUUCUCAAGCUCUCGUGUAGCUGCUGGGGCAGGUUCACACGGCUACCAUUUGGUCGAGGGUCACGAAUAUGCUUAAAGA